UACUUUUCAGGAAAGAGGGGAAAUGUAGACAAUUUCAAAAGUAGCAUAACAAAGACACAAAAUGGCAACAAAGGAAGACCAAUUACAGUGUGACAAGGAGUUGGAUGUUUCUUCCACCUGUUUCCCAUGCUUGGAGUCUGGAAGGAAAACAAAGACUAUCAGAUACUGUGCUGAAUGCAGGUCAUACUUUUGUACACAAUGUUUAGAAGACCAUAGCAAGUUUGCAGUACUACGUAAACAUCAAAUCAUCGACAAACCUGUGGCUACUGAGCAUUCCAGUGAGAAGAAAGCCGAAUUGAAGUUAGCUGAGAAUUUCGAAGUUUCAAACCCUUGUUCACCAUGCUCUGAGGUAUGGAUAACAAUAGAGGCCAUUAGUUUUUGUGUGGAAUGCAAGUCAUAUCUUUGCGAGCAAUGUUACAAGGAUCACAACAAGUUUGCGGCUUUACGUAAACAUCAUAUCAUGGAUAAGUCUGAAGCUGCCAAGCAACAUGGAGAAACAGAUCAGUCUAAGGGAAUUUCUGCGUUAGAAUGUAGCAACCACUGUGGACAACACAUUGACAGCUAUUGUAAGGAUCAUGAUGAAGUAUGCUGUAGCAUUUGUGUGAUCACUGAACACAGAUCCUGUAGGAAAACAGAAAAGAUACUGAAGAUAGAAAAGAAGCAAAGGCGUAAGCAAUUCAACGAUAUUAAACAAUCCCUAAAGACAUUCCUUGAGUUUGCAAAUCAUGAAAAGAUGGAUCGAAAUAAUAACUUAACAGACCUAAAAGAAGAAAAGAACCAAAUCCUAGCUGAUAUUGAUACAUUUGAAGAGAAUAUAACAGAAAGAAUUAGAGUGAUUGCUGUAGCGUCAAGAGGUAAGGUAAGAGCAACUCAUGCAAAACAUGAAAAUGCUGUAAUGUCCGAUGUCAAAAAAUUAGAUACAGUUAUAUCAGCACUGAAGGGAAGUUUGAAUAAACAUAUCAAAACUAACAAAAACGAACUUCAGGCAUUUGUAAGCACAAAGAACACUCAGAAGACAUUAGAUGAAGCAAGACUGGUUGUGAAUGAUCUUUCACGCAAAUGGGUGCAGACAGAACUUUGUUACAACUUCAACAAUGCGAUUACUGGUAUAUAUACAGAUAAAGGAACACUAACUUUUGGGGACAUCAUUGAAAAAACGAAAGUAGACCAAGCCUGUGAUGUCAAGGGGGAAAGUAAUGUUAAGGCAAAUAUGACACCAACACAUGUAGUACUAGGAAUGUCUCCAUGGGACAUGGAUGCCCUAACAAUGUUAUGUUAAGGCACGAAGGUCUGAGUCCUGAAAUGACAAUCUGACAAUAGAACACAUUUUUUUGAACAAACUGAAAAAGAAAAAUCCUCUUGCAACUUUUAUUUCAUCAUGAAAUUAUCAAAUGUUACUCCCUUGUUGUGCAGUGAAAGUUUGUACCAAGUUAUUUCAAUAUCCUUCGAUAUGCAUAAAGUUUAUAGGCUAGAUAACAAAAAAAGAAAUGACAUAACAUCUUUGACCUUUAAGUGUGACCUUGAACUCUGAACUAGGCGUCUAAGUUUUAGAUUUAAAAUAUCAUCCUCUUAUAGUGAAUGUUGGUGUCAAGCUACUGUAAGUGUAUAUGAACUCACGGAGACAAACUUUAUCGCGGAACGGUCCAUUUUCAACAUCGUAGAUAUAUUCGAGCAAUUCUGAAUUCGAGGAGACAUAGGCUUAAAAUCAUAAAUUCGCGCACAGCAAAAUAUUCACUCAAGGGAGGCUACUACUAAAGUUUUUUUACUUAUACAAAACACAGACGAAUCAGGACGUCACGGAUCAGUCAUAGGUACAUAAGCCGUGACACGCUUACGCCUCUUAUAGUUUAUAGACAUAAAAACUGUGUUUCAAUCAACACCUACACAUACAAAUAAAUAAAGGGGUAUUGAUUAUAGUCAACAUCUAUAGAGCAUAAUAAAAAAUAUGCAAAUGAAAAUACUUCUAUUCUGAAUUUAAAACCGAUUAAAUCAACAUUAGAAAUUUUAUCUGAAGAGCUAAUGUUUUCACAGCUGAUAGAAAGUGGCCUAAUGAUCACUUAAUCAUUUUUUCCAAGAAUUGUCUUAAUGGUUUUGAUUGCCAUGUUUGGCACUUUUUAUCUGUGCAUGUUUGCAAGUGUUUACAAGUGUUUUGGUAAAACAUAACACGAAACAACAAUCGGUUUUUUGUUGUUGUUUUUUUUCAAUAAUUAAAUAAAUUACAAUAACGUACAAGUUGUUUAUAUUCAUUAUA